CUUCAGUUGACUAUGGCUGGCAGACAGGCUGUGAAAGCAUACUUAGAUCUCGUGUCUCAGGCCUGCAGGGCUAUACUAAUAUUCCUUAAACACAACAAAAUACCACAUACAGUGGAAAACAUUGCCAUACGAAAAGGGCAGCACAAAACACCUGCGUUCACCAAACUCAACCCUAUGCAAAAACUGCCCGUGUUGGAGGACAAUGGAUUUGUUCUCACUGAGAGUGAUGCCAUAUUAAAGUAUCUGGCGACAGCCUAUAAUGUCCCUGAUCACUGGUACCCAAAACUGCCAGAGAAGAGAGCCCGAGUGGAUGAGUACACGGCCUGGAAUCACACCAACACACAUAUAAACACUUCCUCCAUCUUUUUGCAUGAGGUUUUACUGCCAUGCAUGGGACAGCCUACAAAUCCAGAGAACUUUGAAAAGGUGCUAGCAGACCUGGAUGGCACACUAGACAAGCUGGAAAACAUGUUUCUGAAGAACCAGCCCUUCCUGUGUGGUGACGACAUCUCAUUGGCUGACCUGUUAGCAGUUUGUGAGCUCAUGCAGCCCCUGUGUAGUGGGAGGGACAUUCUGAAGGACAGACCCAAACUGCUGAGCUGGAGGAGUCGAGUCCAGUCAGCUCUCUCGGACUCUUUUGAUGAAGCUCACUCUGUUGUCUAUCAAAUAAGGGAGAAGUUCACAGCUAAACUGCCUCCAUGUUCAAAACAAGCCACUCUGUAAAAAUAUGUUCACAGCUGUUCACAAUUAACUUGGCAAAGUGUUUCUGCAGUUUACCUUUUGGGAUCAAUGAUGUAUCUGUCUGACAUAUGCAGUUUGCUCAGUUUACUCAAAAUAUUGUAUUACCAUGUCGAUUUACAACCAAAUGUGUGUGCAACACAAACUUUUUUGCCUUUUGAAACAUGUACAUAAUGAGCUACUGCUCACCCCACCCUUCUCUUCCGUGGGGCGAGACAAGACACGUGAAUUGCAUUGGACUGAGUAUAUGGCUUGGAGGUGGUCUUAUUUAAAUAGCUAAAUAAGUAGAAGUGGCUGCAAAUUAAAACCGCUUACUGGAUGACAGUUUCAGACUCAGACAGCCCAUAACAAACUGGCUGUGUGUAUUCUUUAUAGCUUUUCUGAGCUUUCAGACAUGCCAGAAACCCAAUUAAAUGCAAAAAAAAACCCUUUAAGACUGAUAAUAAAAGACCACAUUCUGUAUAAACCUUAUUAAUAAAACAUAGUACCAACAGGCAAACAGAUGACCCCAGAAUAUGAACACUAUGCGAAUGUUAAGCGUUUCUCCCAUAGAAAACCAUUAUGAAGAAAACACUUAACGUAGUGUAACGCAUUAAGACAGUGAUGUCUCGCGCAGACCCCUAGUUUGUGUUUUGAAAUCUGCAUAACACAUUCUUAAAAUCAAAUGUGUAUAAACCAUAAAAACAUUAAUUAUUUUUGACGCAAGAAAUGGUAGAAAUACAUAUUUACCAGAGCAGUACAGUGUUAGACCUUCAGGAUGAAUUGGUCACAAGAAAAAGCUUUUAAAUGGACACCACGAAACAAAUAAAAAUCUGCGAAAGUCAAGGCCCAGGUUUCCUCUUGGAUGGUGGUUCACCCUCUCCCUUU